UCGUUCGUUGCCCUCCUCCGUCCUAGCCCUCCUCCUCCGUCCUAGCCCUCCUCCUCCGAGCUCGUGGUGGUGGUGGUGGUGGUGUUCCCCGGAGAUCCUUCCGCUUGCUGUUGCUUCGUCGCCCUGAUCGAGCACCAUGCCUCUCCGCUUAGCAAUAAAGCGGAAACUCGCCCAAAGGUCUGAACGAGUGAAGUGUGUGGACCUUCAUCCAACAGAACCAUGGAUAUUGUCCACUUUGUACUCAGGAAGUGUUUAUAUUUGGAACUAUCAGAACCAGACACUGGUGAAAUCCUUCGAAGUUACCGAUCUGCCUGUUCGAUCAGCAAAAUUUAUUCCUCGCAAGCAGUGGAUAGUAGCGGGCUCUGACGACAUGUUCAUUCGAGUCUACAACUAUAACACGAUGGAUAAAGUGAAACAGUUCGAGGCUCAUACUGAUUACAUUCGCUGUGUUGUAGUACAUCCAACAUUAUCUUAUGUUCUAUCUUGCUCAGACGAUAUGCUCAUCAAGCUUUGGGACUGGGAGAAAGGUUGGAUCUGCACCCAGAUCUUUGAAGGACAUUCUCAUUAUGUCAUGCAAGUGACUUUCAAUCCCAAAGACAGUAACACUUUUGCAAGCGCUUCCUUGGAUCGAACUGUUAAGAUAUGGAACUUGGGUUCACCAGAGCCCAACUUUACCCUCGAGGCUCAUCAGAAGGGUGUCAACUGCGUGGAAUACUUCACUGGUGGUGACCGACCACAUUUGAUCACAGGAUCUGAUGAUCAAACAGCUAAGGUGUGGGAUUACCAAACCAAGAGCUGUGUGCAGACUUUAGAGGGUCAUUCUCAUAAUGUGUCUGCAGUGUGUUUCCAUCCUGAGCUCCCCAUCAUUUUAACUGGUUCAGAAGAUGGGACUGUUCGUAUUUGGCAUGCAACCACAUACAGGCUAGAGAACACACUGAAUUAUGGACUGGAGCGUGUAUGGGCGAUUGGAUACAUCAAGGGUUCGAAAAGGAUUGCAAUCGGGUAUGAUGAAGGAACUAUCAUGAUUAAAAUUGGAAAGGAGGCACCAGUUGCCAGCAUGGAUGGCAGUGGGAAAAUUAUAUGGGCAAAGCACAAUGAAAUACAGACGGUCAACAUCAAGGCGGUUGGCGCUGAUUUUGAGGUUACCGAUGGCGAGCGCUUGCCUUUGGCAGUCAAGGAACUUGGAAGCUGUGAUCUUUAUCCACAGAGCCUGAAACAUAAUCCGAAUGGCAGGUUUGUGGUAGUUUGUGGUGAUGGUGAGUAUAUUAUCUACACAGCUCUUGCUUGGAGGAAUCGAUCAUUUGGUUCCGCCCUGGAUUUUGCCUGGUCAACAGAUGGUGAAUAUGCAGUUCGCGAGAGCACUUCCAAAAUCAAAACAUUCGGCAAAAAUUUUCAGGAGAAGAAAAGCUUUCGGCCAUCGUUUUCAGCUGAGGGGAUGUACGGUGGUGCCUUGCUUGGAAUCCGUUCUAAUGACUUGGUCUGCUUUUAUGACUGGGCUGAAUGUCGUGUGGUUCGAAGGAUUGAUGUCGUAGUCAAGAAUAUAUACUGGUCAGAUAGCGGAGAUUUGGUUGCUAUUGCGAGUGAAAGCUCGUUUUACAUCUUGAAGUACAACCGGGAUGUGGUUGUAGAGCACUUUGAAAGUGGCACGCCAACGGAUGAGCAAGGUUUGGAAGAUGCUUUUGAACUCCUGCACGAAAUUCCUGAGCGAAUUAGAACUGGCUUGUGGGUUGGUGACUGCUUCAUUUACAACAAUUCAGCAUGGAGACUCAACUACUGUGUUGGUGGAGAGGUGACGACAAUGUUUCAUCUUGAUCGUCCAAUGUAUCUACUUGGAUAUCUCGCAAGUCAAAGCCGCGUGUAUCUUAUCGAUAAGCAGUUAAAUGUCAUGAGCUACACAUUGCUGCUGAAUCUGAUAGAGUACAAAACCCUAGUAUUGCGAGGAGACUUAGAAAAAGCAGAGGAGAUUCUGCCGACUAUCCCCAAGGAGCACUUGAACAGUGUUGCGAGGUUUUUGGAGUCACGCGGUAUGGUGGAGGAAGCCCUUGCUAUCGCGACAGAUCUUGACUACAAGUUUGAUUUAGCCAUUCAGCUCGGCAGGCUGGAAACUGCCAAGACUAUAGCUGAAGAGUCACACAGCGAGUCCAAGUGGAAGCAGCUGGGUGAACUCGCAAUGUCAGCUGGAAAGUUUGAAGUUGCGGAAGAAUGCUUCGGGCAUGCCAAGGAUCUUAGCGGAUUAUUGUUGCUGCAUUCAGCCCUUGGGAAUGCUCAAGGGCUCACUGACCUGGCAGUUGCUGCCAAGGAACAGGGAAAGAUAAAUGUGGCUUUUCUCAGCCUCUUUCUGCUUGGAAAAGUAGAAGACUGUGUACAAUUAUUGAUUGACAGUAACCGUAUACCAGAAGCAGCUUUCAUGGCUCGUACAUACACACCCAGUGAAGUCAGUAAUGUUGUUGCGUUGUGGCGAAAUGAUCUAAAGAAGAUUAAUCAAAGAGCAGCUGAAUCACUAGCAGAUCCACAAGAGUACCCCAAUUUAUUUCCAGAUUGGGAUUUGGCAUGCGAGGCGGAAGUCCAGCACAGAGAACAGAGGACCAAGUUUCUUCUAGCCAAGGAGUAUCUGAAUUACAUCAACGGUCAACACGAUGACUUGGUAGAUGAGAUGAAGGGAUUGGAUGUGAAUGAGGGUCCCCAUCUGGAGAACGGUGGCUUUGUACAUGAAAAUGGAGAACUUGUGGAGGAUCAAGAACUGGAGUCCUACCAGGACGGCGAGUACGUGGAAGCGGACCAACACGAUGUUGUAGAUGUCGACGACGAAGUUGGCUUUGGAAAAUCCGAUCAGUUAGUUGAUGGAGAAGGCGAACUUUCGAAGUCACAUCCUGUUAUUAGCACCGACGAUGGCGCCGAAGAAAAGGGUCUGAAAUGAGAGUCACGUGGUGAUUAGACUGGUAGUGACACCUAUUGUGUAUGCUGGUGUAGGAAGGAUAAUUCAUGUGUCGUAGCAGAUGCCGGCACGUUUCUCUGGAACUGCUCUCCAUUGUCAUGGCAAGAAAAUGAUGUGGGCUUUUCUGUAACAAAAGUGGGAGUAAUCCUGUAGAUGUUCCACGCUUAGUUAGGCCACCAGUGCAGCAAGACGAUUUUUCGGAUCUAGUUGUAGGAACCAUUUUUGUAAUACCCUCGUAUUUAACCCUUCACCAUGGAUGGCCCCCCGUCCGAAUCCUAUCGUGGUCGCAAGUUCAGAGACGAUUGGGAAUGUCUAGUUCUUUGGAAGGACCUGUUUGACAA